AGCCCGGCUCGCGCAGUUCGGGGCCCAGCACCCUCCGACUCCGGCAGCUGCCGCGCCUGCUGCGUUUUUGCGUCUCCGUUCCCGUUCCCACGCGGUGCGGAUGGUCGCGGCGCUUCUCGGCCAUCCUGGUGCGAUGCUGCCCCGCAGGUGGUGAAGAAUGGCGUACCGGACCCUUUGGUUUCUGCUCUUCGGAAUUAUCCUCAGUGCAACUGCCAUCCAGCCAGAUGCUGCCUGCCCCCGAAGCUUGGACUGCACUCUGAGAAGGAGGGCCUUGUGCCCACCAGGCUCUGGUGCCUGUGGGCCUUGCCUCAGGCCCUUUGUGGAGGAUGACCUUGGCCGAUGUGUUCCUAGAAAACAGCUACCUAGAGGUAAAAUGCAGCCCUGGCCCAACCUGGAAGAAGAAAUCGACUUACUGGCUAACAUGCUGGCCCAUCAGGACACUGUCCCCCAGCGCCAGGACACUGUCCCCCAGCGCUUCCGCUGGCCUGCCACCCUGGUAUCCCCAAGACAGGAGCCCGAUACCCCAUCCCCUCAGGGUGCACAAGUUCCCACCAUCAGAGCCUCCCAUUCAUCUUCGAGGCCUGUGGAGAUGUCACCUGUGGACCCCCCACACCCGUCCACUGACGUCCUUGUUCUCAUGAUGAUCGUGGUCUGCGCGGUGGCUGGGCUCUCGGCGCUUAUUGUGGCUAUUGUCUGCUGGUGCAGGUUACAGAAGGAAAUCCACUUGGCUCAGAAAACAGACUACUCAUCCAAGUCCCAGAAAAUAACCGGCUCCCCGGCCUUCGGCAGAAGCAUGCCUGGGGACAAGAAGCUCGCCCAGAGUGCCCAGAUGUAUCACUACCAGCACCAGAAGCAGCAGAUGUUAUCUCUAGAGAAGCAUAAAGAGCAGCCUAAAAUCAUGGACUCUGGGUCUUCUGAAGAAGAGAAUGAGGAUGGAGACUUCACUGUCUAUGAGUGCCCUGGCUUGGCCCCUAUGAAUGCCUUGACUGGAGAGAUGGAAGUGAAGAACCCAAUGUUUGAUGACUCUGCUCUGGCGGACCCUAGCCCCCGUGCUGCCGCUAGCCCUCGAGCUGGCUCUAAAUCUGGAUCUGGGCCCCGUGUCAGUUCAGGCUCCCGUGCUAGUGGGUCCCGGACUGGCUCUCGCUCCAGCCCCCGGCCUCCCAGGCUGGUGGCCCCCAAAUCUCACCAAUGACCAGCCUACUGCCUUCUCCUGGCCAGUGACUCCAGCCUGGGAAAGAGAGCUCUGAAGGGGCUGGGGAUGGCCAGGGUAGGGAUGGGGGUGCUAAUAUUAGGAUGUUUCCCCCUAUUAAGGAAAAAAAAAAAAAAAAAAA